AUGCAGAACCUACCAGAGCCAGCCGUGCAAGGCUCGGUGAACCGUACCCCAGGGGGCAACAAUGCCUUUUAUAAUAUUGCAAACGACUACACGCAUAUCGCCGACCUCAAUCUGCGCCGGCGGCUCGCCCUGGCCGAUAUAGACAGGGUGCCGCUGGGCCUGCAGCACGCGCGGGCAGUGGCUGUGGCAGGUGUGGGCUUCUUCCUCGACUCGUACGACAUCUUCGCCAUCGACCUGAUCAUGAGCCUGCUGGGGGUCGUGUUUUGGCAAGAGGGCCAGGACCAGGCCGCCAACGGCUUCGGCGGCAGGCUCCCGUCGGCGGUGGACCAGAUCCUCAAGGCCUCGACCAGCGCCGGAAUCGUCAUCGGCCAGCUGGUGUUUGGGUGUCUCGCCGACGCCUUUGGCCGCCGCAAGAUGUACGGCAUCGAGCUGUGCAUCAUCCUCGUCUCCACCCUGUGCUUUGCCCUGGCGAGCCCCAGCUCCUCGAUCAGCGCGACGGGGAUCCUGGUGUUUUGGAGGGCCAUGAUGGGCUUUGGGAUCGGGGGCGACUAUCCGCUGUCUUCGGUCAUCACUUCCGAAUUUGCACCCACGCGCUGGCGAGGUGCCAUGCUGGCCGCCGUGUUUUCGAUGCAAGGUAUCGGUCAGCUGGUCGCGGCGGUUACGACGUUGGUGGUGACGUUUAUCUUCAAAGAAUCCUUCAUCGACGUCGGCAAGGUGUCGGACUGCGAUUCGACCUGCAGACUGGCUGCAGAUCGGUCGUGGCGCCUGAUCGUAGGUAUAGGCGCAGUGCCAGCCUGUUUCGCCAUGUACUACCGCAUCACCAUCCCAGAGACUCCUCGCUACACCUUAGAUGUCGCCCAAGAUAUCGAAAAGGCCGAGGCCGACGUCAAGGCCUACAUGCAGAGUCAGCACGAGGGGACCGUCGAUCCUCUGAUCCAAGCUAGGGCCAAGAGGCUGGCUUCCAUGUCGCUGGAUGUCCCUUCCGCUUCAUGGCCAGAUGUGUACUCGUAUUUCCGGCAAUGGAGACACUUGAAGAUCCUUGUUGGGACCACCGUGCCGUGGUUCUUUCUUGACCUGGCAUUCUACGGCCUCGGAUUGAACACCACUCUGGUGCUGAAAUCGAUAGGCUACUCACGAAACAAGAACUUCUACCACAGCUUAUACGACAACGCAGUGGGCACCAUCAUCCUCACCUGUGCCGGCUCCCUGCCGGGCUAUUGGAUGUCCGUCCUGACCAUCGACACCUUUGGUCGGCGCCCGAUCCAAAUGCUGGGCUUCCUCGUGCUGACCAUCCUCUUCUGCGUUCUGGGCUUCGCCUACCACCACCUCUCCGGCGGCUCCAUGCUGGCGCUAUACAUAGUGGCCCAGUUCUUCUUCAACUUUGGCCCCAACACCACCACCUUCAUCACGCCGGCCGAGGUGUUCCCGACCCGCUACCGGGCCACGGGCCACGGCGUGUCGGCGGCCAUGGGCAAGAUCGGCGCCAUACUGGCCCAGGGCAUCAGCAUCCCCCUGCUGGAGCACGAGGAGCCCCCGGCCGCCUCCGCCUCGUGCGAGGGAGUCGCGUGCUCGCACUCCCUCCCCAAGUUGAUGCUAAUCUUCGCCAUGUUCAUGCUCAUCGGCACGCUGACCUCGACGCUCGUCCCCGAGACCAAGGGCGCGACCCUGGAGGAGCUGGCGGGGGAGCUAGGCGAUUCUGGGAGUAAAGGCGGCGGUCCCAGGUCCGGAGUGAAAAAGUCGUCAUCCAGAGGCGGUAGUGGUGGAGGUGGUGGAGGUGGUAGCAGUGGCGUCGGCAAGGGGUCCGCGGGGCUGGGCUCGAGGGCGAGUAGCUGGUUCCAAAACAGCUUCCCCGGCGGCAAGCCAGCAGGGUUCCAGCGGGCGCUAGGAAGGGCCAGCCCUCGCGUCGGGAUCAUUCGCGGCCCCGAGAUCGACGGCCAGGAGACUCUACCGCGGCAGCAGACGACGCAGAGCAGCGGCGCCAGGCGGCCCAAGGGGCCACUGAGGGACUGGCCGUUUCCCGACGUCGCCGCGAGGUCGGUGCAGGAGUUUGCUGCGGGGAGACACCGCGAGAAGCGGUCCCGCGGCAAGGGCAAGAUGAAGAAAGCUGCGGCGGAGAGCGGCGGCGGUGAGAUGGGGAGUGACAGCCACACGGCGACGACCGGGUACGAGACGGAUCCUAACGGCAGGUUCGCGUUUGUUGGUGAGGAUGCAGCGGCCAUGCAGGUGCUGGCGUCGACGCAGUCCUUGACUCCCGGCUGGGGAGCGGGCUGGGGUAGGAUGGACAGGGGAGGUCGGUCUGCCUCCAAGGAUAAUAUGUUAUUACAGGAUGCAGCCCGUAGGGUCCCUGGCUACAAAAACCCCCGUGGGGGUUUUACUCCGUGGCAAGGCUCGGGGUCGAACCCCGAGCCUUGGGUUGGAAGGGCGUUAGGGACGAAUCCCCAACGAGCUUCCAACUGCACCACGGGGGCAGGGGACGGACCCCAACACCCCCGUGGUGCGUUGGAAGAAGCGGGUAGCACGGGGCUUAUAAAGGGGUGA